AUGUCACUCCGAGACACUAUGCGUGAAUAUAGAAAGGCCACUUUCACCAUCUUUGCAGGAAUUGGCCUCAUUAUCUUUGGUUUCAUCGUUGGAUUCGUCAGUAUUGCCCUGGGAGUCCUCUUCCUCUACACUCCAAGUGAUUAUUCGUAUUCGUCUUCCAAAUCCGAUUCUGAACUAUUUAAAUGGGCUGUGAGUGCUGGUGCAUUUGGAUUUUGUUGUAUCAUUGCUGGAUAUUCAAUGAUUGGAGGUGGAUGCAGAAUGUGUUUCUCAAGUUGUUCCGAAUGUUGUUCGAAUGGAUGUGGACGAAUGGAUUGCAGUGAUUUUGAGUGUUGUGAUUGUGGGUCAUGUUGCUCAGAUUAUUGUUGGAGUUUGGGAGAAAUGAUGAAGAGUUGUUGUGGAUGUUGUGUUGGAAAGGCAGCAGAGAAUCAAGUUUCGUAUAAUAUGGAUUC